GAAGAGGUGUCCCGGAUGUGUGCGCGGUUCCUCCCUGCAGCGGCGGAGCGUCGAGGAGGAAGAGGAGGAGGAGUUGAAGGUCACAGCAGCAUCCUCAGCAUCCCUCCACCGAACCUCCGGAACCGGACCGAACCGAGCCGCCGCCAUGGGGAACCGGGGCAUGGAGGACCUGAUCCCGCUGGUGAACCGCAUGCAGGACGCCUUCGCCUCCAUCGGCCAGAACGCCAACCUGGACCUGCCGCAGAUCGCCGUGGUGGGCGGCCAGAGCGCCGGCAAGAGCUCGGUGCUGGAGAACUUCGUGGGCAAGGACUUCCUCCCUCGCGGAUCAGGAAUCGUGACGCGGCGCCCCCUGGUGCUCCAGCUCAUCAACUGUCCAACAGAAUAUGCAGAGUUCCUCCACUGUAAGGGGAAGAAGUUCAUCGACUUCGAUGAAGUUCGUCAGGAGAUCGAGGCGGAGACGGACCGAGCGACGGGACACAACAAGGGAAUCAGUCCGGUGCCCAUCAACCUGAGGGUAUACUCCCCCAACGUGCUGAACCUGACGCUGGUGGACCUCCCCGGCAUGACCAAGGUCCCGGUCGGCGACCAGCCGGCCGACAUCGAGCAUCAGAUCAGAGACAUGCUCAUGCAGUUCGUCACCAAGGACAACUGUCUCCUGCUGGCCGUGUCCCCCGCCAACUCUGACCUCGCCAACUCUGACGCCCUGAAGAUCGCCAAGGAGGUUGACCCUCAAGGUCUGAGGACCAUUGGCGUCAUCACCAAGCUGGACCUGAUGGACGAAGGGACGGACGCCAGGGACAUCCUGGAGAACAAGCUGCUGCCGCUGCGCAGAGGUUACAUCGGGGUGGUGAACCGCAGUCAGAAGGACAUCGAUGGGAAGAAGGACAUCACCGCCGCUCUGCAGGCCGAGAGGAAGUUCUUCCUGUCCCAUCCGUCUUACCGUCACCUGGCCGACCGGAUGGGCACCGCCUACCUGCAGAAGGUCCUGAACCAGCAACUGACCAACCACAUCCGGGACACGUUGCCAGGGUUACGGAGCAAGCUGCAGAGCCAGCUGCUGUCCAUCGAGAAGGAGGUGGAGGAGUACAAGAACUUCAGGCCCGAUGACCCGAGCCGCAAGACCAAGGCCCUGCUCCAAAUGGUGCAGCAGUUUGCGGUGGACUUUGAGAAACGGAUCGAAGGUUCUGGAGAUCAGGUGGAAACUUAUGAGCUUUCAGGAGGAGCCAAGAUCAACCGCGUCUUCCACGAGCGCUUCCCCUUCGAACUGGUCAAGCUGGAGGGCGAUGAGAAAACUCUACGUAAGGAGAUCAGCUACGCCAUCAAGAACAUCCAUGGGAUCAGGACGGGUCUGUUCACGCCGGACAUGGCCUUCGAGACCAUCGUCAAGCGGCAGAUCGCCCAGAUCAAAGAACCCUGCCAGAAGUGUGUCGACCUGGUGAUCAGCGAGCUGGUCAACACCGUGAGGCAGUGCACCAGCAAGGUACUACGGGGUACUACAGGGUACUAUAGAGUUACUGUGGGACCUUCAGAUAACGGCUGUCUCUGCUGCGUCCCCCAGGUGAUUCUGCUGAUCGACAUCGAGCUGGCCUACGUUAAUACCAACCACGAGGAUUUUAUCGGCUUCGCAAACGCGCAGCAGAAGAGCAGCCAGAUAAACAAGAAGAAGGCUGCAGGGAACCAGGAUGAGAUCAUGGUGAUCCGGAAGGGCUGGCUCACCAUCAACAACAUCAGCAUCAUGAAGGGCGGAGCCAAGGAGUACUGGUUUGUCCUGACGGCGGAGGCCCUGUCCUGGUACAAGGACGACGAGGAGAAGGAGAAGAAGUACAUGCUGCCGGUGGACAACCUGAAGCUGAAGGACAUCGAGAAGAGCUUCAUGUCCAGCAAGCACGUCUUCGCCCUGUUCAACACCGAGCACAGGAACGUCUACAAGGACUACCGGCAGCUGGAGCUGGCCAGCGAGUCCCAGGAGGAGGUGGACAGCUGGAAGGCGUCUUUCCUGCGCGCCGGGGUGUACCCUGAACGCAGCGUGGAUAAGGACAAGGUGGAGGCAGAGGAGACCAGUUCUGACGGACAGAUCCACAGCAUGGACCCUCAGCUGGAGAGACAGGUGGAGAUCGUCCGCAAUCUGGUGGACUCGUACCUGUCCAUCAUCCACCGGACCGUGAGGGACCUGAUCCCCAAGACCAUCAUGCACCUGAUGGUCAACAACACCAAGGAGUUCAUCCACUCUGACCUGCUGGCUCACCUGUACUCCUGCGGAGACCAGAACAGCCUGAUGGAGGAGUCGCAGGAGCAGGUGGGGGAGGGGCGUCAGGGGUCAAACUGUUGAAUACCUACAUAAGUA